CAACGCCCAUGGCGCGGCUGCCUUCAGUCCCGGUGAAAGUCGCCAUUUUGUCGUUAGCGGUGACGAGGAGAGCAGGGAUAUUGUUGGAAAGCAGCACUGAAAAGAUCUGCCACCAUGGGGAACAUGUUUGCAGGCCUCUUUAAGAAUCUCUUUGGGAAGAAAGAGAUGCGAAUCCUGAUGGUGGGUUUGGACGCUGCUGGCAAAACCACCAUCCUGUACAAACUCAAACUGGGGGAGAUCGUCACCACCAUCCCCACUAUCGGUUUUAAUGUAGAGACAGUAGAAUAUAAAAACAUCAGUUUCACGGUGUGGGACGUUGGCGGACAGGAUAAGAUCCGGCCGCUGUGGAGGCACUACUUCCAGAACACACAAGGUCUGAUCUUCGUGGUGGACAGUAACGACAGGGAGCGAGUAAACGAGGCGAGAGAGGAGUUGACGAGGAUGCUGGCUGAAGAUGAGCUCAGAGAUGCCGUUCUGCUCGUUUUUGCCAACAAACAGGAUCUGCCUAACGCUAUGAACGCAGCAGAGAUCACAGACAAAUUGGGUCUGCACUCACUGCGGCACCGCAACUGGUACAUCCAGGCCACAUGCGCUACCAGCGGAGACGGGCUUUACGAAGGCCUCGACUGGCUCUCCAACCAGCUGAAAAACGCUAAAUGAUCCAUUCCACCCGGUCCUCUGCGCUCUGUGUGUGAGAUUGUGUGCGUGCGUGAGUGUGUGUGUGUGUUGAGAAUGGCGGCGCUGGAUUUGGUCUCUCGGUCACCCACUUUAUCCAUCCUUUCUUCUUCUGUUCGGUUCUGUAGACUUUAGAGGCUCUCCCCAGUGCUGACUUGUGUACACGCAUACCAGAGUGGAAGAAUGUGUGUGUGUGUGUGUGUGUGUGUGUGUGUGUGUGUGUGUGUGUGUGUGUGUGUGUGUGUGUGUGUGUGUGUGUGUGAGAGAGUGAGAAACGAGAGUGGGAGCAGCCCCGCUGUGCUUUUGAAUACACGCUCCUCGUACAGCACGCCUCUCUCUCUCUCUCUCUCUCUCUCUCUCUCUCUCUCUCUCUCUCAAUCCAUCCUCUCCCUGUUUUUUUUUUUUUUUCUUUUUUUCUUCUUCCUUCAAACCAAUACAAAGAAUGACCCAGGAUGCUGAAUGUUUUAUUUACCUACACACAAAAUAAAUGAACAUAUUGAAACCAAGUCUCGAUGAUCCAUCCUCCGACGAUAAAGCAGCCGCGCACGUCUAAGAUGUUACGAGUCGCCGUUUCUUUGCCCCACUUAUGAUGAAACUCAUUGUAACCUGCAUCAGGUUGGGAGAAAAUAAAAACAGAAGCAAGAAAAAAGAGACACAAUGCGACGUUUUCCAUCCUAGAUCCUUCUUUGCGUUAUUUUAGAAACGAGGCUCAUGAGGUUGCCAUGAACACCGCUGUUUCCCGAGGCAUAUUGAGGCCUGGCGUAACGAAACGUGUUUUUUUUUCUCCCACUCGCCCAACUACACGGUUCUAAAGAGCGAACUAACAUUUAGAAAUAUUUCACCCUGCAUUAUAACCGUCUCUAACAACAAGCGUGGUCAUGAUCAGGGGCUCGAAAUUAAUCCGUCGUUGCCCACGUAGGCAGCGUUUCUGACUGAACUAGCGCUUGAAAGGCUGUUUGUCUAGAAGACAAGACGUGCGUCUGGGAGCGCCGAGGCUGUUCUAGCGUGUAUUUUCCUGGUUUUAUUAAACGUUCCUUUUCUUUAGCCUCGUCACAACCACCAAAACCACAGGUUUUGAACGCUGUAAAAAAGAAUCUGUAACUUAUAAAAAAAUCACCACUUCCAUCAUUCGAGUUCUGGAUCAGGAAUAGAAGCAGAUUUAGAGAAAAGGAUACCUUCAGCUUUUUUCCCUCCAGAUAUUCGUGCAAACUAACAUCACCGUGUCUGCGUAUCCUGUUCAGUCUGCUUGUAUGCUCCUUUCUCUCUCUCUCUCCCUCUCUCUCGUAUUUAGCAUCGUAACCAGCUAGCGACGAUGAUUCGGACAAACUGACGUUAUAUUUUCUUCCCUCUCGGUCUUCUCUGUAUUCCAAAGGCUUCUUCGAAUGUUAAAUCGACCCUAUCACCCUAAAGGUCACGACCUUGUACUGACCUCUCAGAAAAGAAAGGAACGGGUGAACAUGCACCCUCGUCAGUUUUCACAACUGGAUGUUUUGCGUUUUUUUUUUUUUUUUCAUCGCUUUUUUUUUUCUUUCUUUGUUCCUUUUUCACACCAAAACUCGAGUUUCAAAAACUCAAAUUUUUGUUUGUUUGUUUACUUUUUUUGGCCUUUUAUUGUAAUCAUCAUGUAGAGACCUACUGUAGUGGAUGACAUUAACUGAUUUAUUUGAAUGACGCAUCAUCUGUCUGGAGAGUAAAUAAAAACGUGUAAGAAAGUGUA